AUGUCCCAACUCAGGCCGACUGAUUCUGGGCAGAGUCCAACAAUAACAAUCAUUGGGGUAUUCAGCAUCGUGUCUGCCGCUGAGCGUUGGGGUCUUCAUAAACGGAUGGCGUUGAGAAUACUCACCCUGUUCGGAACAAAGCCUCACUGGCUGAUAUUUGGGAUGUUGGUGUGCACAUCGAUUCUCUCUGUAUUCAUAACGGCCGGUGUCGCUGUUUUGAUGAUACCGAUUGUCCACAGCGUUGUGGACAAACUGAAGAACGUGGAACACACUAAAGAUAUAGAGAUGCAAAGUGCCGAGAACAAUUCUGAACAUGGGACAGAAAUCAGCGACGAUGGGAAAAUAAACCGGGAACAUCGAGAUGAGGUUAACCGCCUGUUUAAAGCAUUCAGCCUCUGCAUCUGUUACGGGACGGCAAUCGGCUCCUCGGUCCUACUAACAGGAGGUCCACCCAAUUUGGUAACCUUCAGCUUGACAGAAGAGUUUUACAGCCAGUAUGGCUUACCCUCCAAGCUGACCUUUCUGGGAUGGUUUAUUUACGCAGCCCCAGUGUCUGUAAUCGUCGUUUUACUAACCUGGGUAUGGCUCGUCAUAUUGUUUCUGCGAGGAAGAGGCCUGUUUCGUCGCUCAGUGAACACAGAGGAAAUGAAGCAAGCAGAAGAACGCGUUAAGGAGCAUUUGAAUCAAGAAUACAAGAACAUAGGUCCUUGGAGUUACCCUGAGAAAGUGGUCGUUAUGCUAACGGUGAUUUUGGUAAUCUUGUUCCUGACGGAAGACCUGUACUUUGUCCCCGGAUGGGAUUCACUCUUCAAGAAAGGAUAUGUUGGAAGUCCCGCUCCGGUUUGUUUGAUUACGGCGCUGCUGUUUAUUAUUCCCGCCAAAUCUCCAAGACAAAUUCUACGUCGCGACGAUAAGGACUGUGAAGACUCAAAAUUUGCUGCCCUGUUAACAUGGAAAUGCAUGUUAGCUACAUUUCCAUGGGGUAUUGUACUUAUCAUUGGAGCAGCGUUUUCACUUGUGAAGGCGUGCAAGGUAUCAGGGUUGACGGGAAUGAUUGCCGGGCAGUUUGAGUUGCUUGUUGACCUUGAGCCCUGGGUGAUCACCCUUGUGAUAACUGUGGUGACCAGCUUAUUGACGGAGUUCAUCAGCAAUUCGGCUACCAUCAUCCUGUUACUCCCCAUCGUUGGUCAAAUUGCGAUACUCGUGAAUCUCGAUCCAUUGGCGUUCAUCUUCCCGAUGGCUUUGUCAGCGAAGUGUGCCUUCAUGAUGCCAAUUGCCAGCCCGCCAAACGCCAUUGCUUUUUCAUUGGGUGCGCUACAGGUGAAAGAUAUGGCCAUGGCAGGAUUCCUUCUCAACAUAUUGUCUCUCCUGACGAUAAACCUGAGUGCACAUGCGUGGGGCAAGGCCUACUUCCGGUGGGAUGUCAUAGCAGAUGAGAUGAGACAAAACAUAACAUCAGCCACAAUUUAA